AUGUGUUGUUGUUUUGCAUUUGAGCCUGGGAUGGUGGCUGUGCAUGGCAAGAGAAGGUUGAGGAGUUUGUUUUGGAGGGUGAGAGCAUAUAUGAAGAGGCAGAUGAAGAAGAAGACUUGCUCCCCUAAGAACAACUUUCACUACGACCCUCUUAGUUACUCUCUCAACUUUGACGAUGGCAAUUUUCUCUUCUUUUGCCCGACACAACUAAUCAUCUCACACCAUAACCACACCACUCAGAAAAUGGCAUCCCAGACGAGGAAGAGAGUUGACGCCGUUGAUUCUCGCUCUUCUACCGUUCUCGUUCGCGCUAAGGAUGGCAGUGCUUUUGCACGAUGCGACGAUUGCAAGAAGAAUGUGCCGGUCGCACUCAUCGACAUGCACAGUUGCAGCCUUGAGGCAAAAAUUAAAAUGAACCUAGAUGCUCAGGUUGUGGAACAGGCUGCCGAAUCUAAGAAGCCAGAGAGGAAGAAACCCAAGUCCAAAGAGCCAAAGGCGAAAAAGUCUAAGGUGGAGAAGGGGAAGAAGGUCAAGGAUCCUAACAUGCCUAAGCGUCCUGCCACGGCCUUCUUUAUCUUCUUGGAUGAUUUUCGAAAAACGUUCAAGGAAGCUAAUCCUGAUUCAAAGGAUGUUAAAAGGGUUGGCAAGGAGGCUGGUGAGAAAUGGAAGUCUAUGACUGAUGAAGAGAAGAAGCCUUAUUUGGAUAAAGUUGCUGAACUCAAGGCAGAGUAUGAAAAGGCUAUGGAAAGCUAUAGAGCUGGUGAAGUUGAAGAAGAUGAAGCUGGAUCUGAUAAGGAAACUGCUGCAAAAGAAGUGGAAGAGGAGUUAACGGAUGAAGACUAA